GCUGGUGGCCGGCCGCGGCACGCUGCGGGAGCAGCCGCCGCCGCCUCGCCCCGCUGCACCAUGUCCGGCCAGCUGGAGCGUUGCGAGCGCGAGUGGCACGAGCUGGAGGGAGAAUUUCAGGAACUGCAGGAAGCUCACAGGAUCUACAGGCAGAAGCUGGAGGAGCUGACCGCGCUCCAGACUUCCUGUAGCACCUCCAUCAACAAGCAGAAGACGCGACUGAAGGACUUGAAGCACACACUUCAGAGGUAUAAGCGCCAUGCCAGUCGGGAGGAGGCAGAGCUCGUUCAGCAGAUGGGCGCCAACAUCAAGGAGCGGCAGAACAUCUUCUUUGACAUGGAGGCCUACCUGCCCAAGAAGAACGGGCUCUACUUAAAUCUGGUCCUUGGCAAUGUGAAUGUGACGCUUCUCAGCAACCAGGCCAAAUUUGCCUACAAGGAUGAAUAUGAGAAGUUCAAGCUCUACCUGACCAUCAUCCUGCUCCUGGGGGCUGUGGCGUGUCGAUUUGUCCUUCACUACAGGGUGACGGAUGAAAUCUUUAACUUCCUGCUGGUGUGGUAUUACUGCACCUUGACCAUUCGGGAGAGUAUUCUCAUCAGCAACGGCUCAAGAAUUAAAGGCUGGUGGGUGUCUCACCACUACGUGUCCACGUUCCUGUCUGGAGUGAUGCUGACCUGGCCAAACGGACUAAUUUAUCAGAAGUUUCGCAGUCAGUUCUUAGCGUUUUCCAUUUUUCAAAGCUGUGUCCAGUUCCUGCAAUAUUAUUAUCAGAGGGGCUGCCUCUACCGGCUACGGGCCCUGGGGGAGAGGAAUCACCUGGACCUCACGGUGGAAGGAUUCCAGUCCUGGAUGUGGCGGGGCCUCACCUUCCUCCUGCCUUUCCUGUUCUGUGGCCACUUCUGGCAGCUCUACAAUGCCGUCACGUUGUUUGAGCUCUCCAGCCACGAGGAAUGCAAAGAAUGGCAGGUGUUCGUGUUGGCACUCACGUUCCUUGUCCUCUUCCUCGGCAAUUUUCUGACCACACUCAAAGUCGUGCACGCCAAACUCCAGAAGAACAGAAACAAGGCAAAGAAGCCGUGAGCCACGGGACUCGUGUGCGCCUUGAGCCCCCGGACUUUGAGACUGCAGGGGGAUCCCAGUCGGCACCUCGCUGCUGAUUUCCUCCCCCACAGUGCCGGUGGCCACUGGCAGCAGCAACCUCAGGGGCCAGCAGCAUCGCUGGGAGCAGGGCCGAGGCCAUGGUCCCCGGCCGGACAAGAGGAAUGUGACCCCAGCCUGUCUGCGCAGUAUUAGCCCCACAGCCUCCCUAUUUAUGAUAUUUAAUACCAGUCCUCCCCACCUCCCUAGACUGGGUCAGUCUUCCUGGAGUGGGGGGUCUAACCUCAGGGAGCCCCUCUGUCCCCACUCCCAUCAUUUGAGUUGGGGGUUGGAUGUGCCUCGCUGGGUGGGGUUGAUGCUGACCUGCUCCUUACUGAAGCCCAGGCGGGGGUGGGGGGUGGGGCGGAAAC